AUUCGUGUCCGUCUUCGAAACAGGUCUGCCGACGAGUCCGCCAUCGGAGUGCACGAUGCCGCCAGCACUGGUUUUUGCCCUUGUACUUGUCUGUUACUGCACUGCCACGAAAGCAGCCGCCACCUGCGACCUGGCCAAGGUUCGUGCCUGCUACGAGGACAUCAUGGACAGCGUGCCACUGUUCUUCGCCUCCCGUGCACAACGUGGUGACGCGGCGGCCACAUUCUGCAGCCACUACUGGGAGUACUCGUCGUGUUCCGGCAAAGCGGAGACGAAGGCCUGCCGAGGAGAAGCACUGGUGGACCGGAUGGAGCGCCUCUACCGCCAAGUGAGCGCCGAGCUCUGCGACGACGCGCAACACCGGCUGCUCAAGAGUUUCGAGGUCGACGGCGACUGCAGCCCCUUGGACGAGAUCAGGCAGUGCAUGGCACAACCGCUAGAUGUGUUCUUCGCAGCCGGGAGCACAGCCACUGCUUGCAGUGCCUUGAAAGGGGAAUUGGUGCGGUGCCUCUCAGAGCCUGCCAGUAUGUGCAGCCGUCCAGUAGAGCGGGCCGUGCUCGCCACUCGCUCCAUCGCCGCCUUCCUGCGUUGGUACGGAUGCCCGGACGCUGUCGAGCUGCUGCCCACAACGAGUCCUAGGCCGGUGGAUCCGUUCCUGGAGGAGUGUCCUUUUCAACUGCACGAAAUGUGCAUGACGCAGAGCAUGGACAUGGCGAGGGCCCUGCUCCUACUUUACGGACAGCCCCACAGGAAAAUCAGUCUCUUCUACGAAGAGAUGUGCGGGGCCGAGCCAGCUGCGUGCCGGCCCCAGGACAGCCUGGAGAGCUGCACACGCGAGCAGAGGGACACGAUGCACCGCUUUCACCGGGCCACGGUGGCCGCGCAGCAAACACUGUGCUCCGCACCACCGGCACUGCUGGCCAACCUGACCGCGACGAACACGUGCUGGGACGAGAAGGUGUUCCGCGAAUGCGCCUUGGGCGACGCCACCAAGCCUCUGGGUCGGCACCUGCUGGGAGUCGUCAGGACGAACGAGCAGUGCAGGCUUCUACGCUCCAGCUGGUCCGGAUGCCUGGAACGAAGCUAUUCCCGCCUGCGUCGCUGCGAGGAGACGCCCGAUGUGCAGGGUGCGCGUGGCCUACUCAUGGACUUCCUCGACAGGUUGCAGCCGUGCGCAGAAGACGCGACAGUGCGGAAAUAA